AUGGAGACUCUGAAGCAUUGGAUGAGGGACUGGAAGUAUCCCACUGUUCUGUUAUGCAUCUAUGGGUUCUUCAGCACAGUAAAGCCUUUAGAACCAUUUCUCAUCCCAUUCCUAACUGGACCAGACAAGAACCUAACCAUUGAGCAGGUAACCAAUCAGAUAUUCCCGGUGUGGACAUACUCGUACCUGGCAGUGCUGGUUCCUGUCUUCCUCCUCACUGAUUGGCUACGUUACAAACCUGUGGUGAUCUUCCAGUGUUUAGUCCUGUUCUCCACCACGGCGAUGUUGCUGUGGUGUAAUGGUGUCCUAGAGAUGCAGGCAAUGCAGUUUACAUAUGGAGUGGUGACGUCGUGUGACGUUGCUUACUUCACGUACCUCUACAGCGUGGUGGAGUUUAAGCAUUACCUGAAAGCCACCUCAUACUGCCGGACUGCCCAGCUGCUGGGCUACACCGUUGGUUCAGUGUUGGGCCAAAUCCUAGUCUCUUUUGAGCUGAUGUCCUAUGACAACAUUCUAGUGUUUACACUGGUUCUCACUGGUAUUGCUUUGAUCAGCUCCAUUCUUCUCCCAAUGCCCAAGACAAGUAUGUUCUUCCACCAAAUGAGGAGUGCUAGAGGAGAGACUGAUGGUGAAGGCCACGUUGGGACAGAGGAGGAUCUUCAGAGCGAUGGCCAAAAAGGUGGCGUAGAGUUGGAUGGAGCCAAACGGCAGCAGCAAAUACCAGACGUUUCCGCUGAAUGUGAUAAUACAAGUGCAAAAAGUUCCAAGACAGGUGGCUGCUGUGAUGUUCUGCUCCGGUUGUGGAGGGAUUUCCUGCAGUGUUUCUCCUCUCGUACGCUGCUUGUCUGGUCAGCGUGGUGGGCACUGGCUACCUGCGGCUACAACCAGACGGUGAACUACGUCCAGUCACUGUGGGACUACGUGGAGCCGUCGAGUAACUUCACGGUCUACAAUGGAGGAGUGGAGGCCCUCUCAAACCUGAUUGGUGCCGCGGCGGCAUACGGUAUCGGUUUUUCAUCUGCAGACUGGUCUCGCUGGGGAGAGGUGGCUCUGGGAGCGCUCUCGGCUCUGGAGGGCGGCGCUCUCUUCGCAAUGGUCUUCAGCGCAAACAUCUGGGUCUGCUACUGUGGCUACAUCAUCUUUAAGAGCCUGUACAUGCUGCUCAUCACCAUUGCCAUGUUCCAGAUAGCAGCUGGGUUGAACAUGGAGCGUUACGCCCUUGUGUUCGGAGCCAACACCUUCUGUGCGCUGGUCCUCCAGACAAUCAUCACCUCAGUGGUGGUGGAUAGCAGCGGGCUUGGGGUGGAUAUUGUUACGCAGUUUACUGUCUACGGGACAUAUUUUUCUAUUAUUGCACUCAUUUUCUUCUUGAGUGGUUUGUAUACCACGAUGUGCCGAAAACCUGAGAUGGAAACACAGAGAGAGAAUCCAGAAGAAAUGUUUAAGGCAGAAGAUGAUGCACAAAUCAUCAUUGGAACAAAGUUCUGA